AUGGCGGUGCCGGGCCGCGGCGUCUCCCUGGUCGGCGGCCGCCUGAGCCGCGCGCGGGCGCUGGCGGGGGGCCCCGCGCUGCCCCUGGGGGCGUCGGCGGCCGCGGGGCGCGUGUCCCGGGGCCUUCGGAGCAGCGGCGUGAGGACCAGCAGAGAGAAGAGAUUCCAUCUUCCAGAGGUCGCCACUGUCUGCCUCCCCACUUGCCCCCAUCCUCAGUCAUCUUUUUGAAUGUGUAGUUACACGCCAGUUGUCUGGUUCUUCAUAGUGAGUGUAGUUUAAUCUGACGACACUCUUACUGACUUGAAAUUUGAGCCUUAGUGUUAUUUUUACUGAAAAUUAUCUUGAGUUUGGUAAACUCUCCCCGGUAUGGACUGUGUUAAAUUAACAGGUUUAUUACCAGUUUCUGAGCUAUAUAUAUAGAGAGCCUUAAAUG